CAUACAACUAACCUGAAUCCUGAUCCACAUCAUAAUAAUUCUCUAGCAAUAAACUAAUUUCUAACUUCCAAGUGCUUUUAUAAAAAUUAACCCCGUAGAAUAUUAAUAAAAACUAAAUUAAACAAAUGGCAACAUGUUAAUUAAUUCAUACGGCUGUAUGACAGUAAUCGAUAAAAUUAAGUAGAUAUCAUUUACUAUGUUGUUUAAUAUUUUUGUUAUGCACAGUAUUAAUUCUAUUUUCUAUAUAAAUAUUACUUGAGCUUGUUCAUAAAUUGUGUCAUCAAAAUGUCUGAAGUUAAAGGAACUAAAGCCUUGGAACUAUGGUGCAAACGAUUGGUAAGGAAUUGCCCAAAUGUGCAGAUAGAUAACAUGACAACAUCUUGGAGAAAUGGAAUGGCCUUCUGUGCUCUUGUUCAUCAUUUUAGGCCGGAUUUAAUAGAUAUGUCACAGUUGAACCCAGAGAAUAUUUUUGAGAAUAACCAGCUUGCGUAUAGUAUUGCGGAAAAACAUUUGGGCAUUCCUGCCUUACUUGAUCCAGAAGACAUGGUUGAAAGUGAAGUACCAGACAGGCUAUCUGUACUCACAUAUUUAUCUCAGUUUUACCAAAGAUUGGGACAUACAGUAAACACAAAGGCAUCCGAUAUUGAGUCGAAGUCAUCGUCAUCUUCAUCAUUACCUCAUGUAACAACACCAAUCAAAUUUGGAAAAGUGGCUCUGGACAAAUGUGCUGUGUGUGGACUACCAGUUUACUUAGCACAAAGGCUUAUAGUGUCACAAAAACUAUAUCACAGACAGUGUUUUCGAUGUUCAAAUUGUGCUGGACAUUUGAAUCCUAAAAAUUAUCACAUCAUCAAUGACAUUCAGUUUUCUUGUGAUUCUUGUAAAACAGACAAAAGUGCUAUACCCAAAUAUUUAAACAAUAAUGAUCAAAUUGGAAUGUUGGCAUUCAGUAGUGACUCACAUAGUCCAAGCCGAGCCGCUAAAAAAGAAGAUAUAAUUGUAAAUGUUAAAGACAAACCAAGGCCACAGUCAAUUAUGGAAAAAAUAAGUAUGUUUGAGAAAAAUAUAGAAAAAGAUAGCAGUAUUGAAAGUAAAAUAAGUAAUAUUAGUAUAAAAUGUAAUUCAAAUAUAAGUGAUUGUAAGAAUAAAGAAAAUGAGGUUGAUACAGGCAGCUCUGCUUCUGCCCAGCCAGAAAAUAUUACUGUAGAGGUAGAGGAGAAAAAUUCAAAUUUUUUUAAUGAGGAUAAAACACCAAUUAUGUAUAAUGAUACAAGUCUACCAAAUUCACCAGAAAAAGUAUAUAAAAGUAACACAGAAAAAUUAAGUUUUUUGCAAACCCAACUUUCUGGAGAAGUGAAUGACAUAGAUGACAAUACUAAAAUAAAUUGUGUAAAUGACAUAAGUGAAGAAAAAGUAGGGCACAAUGAUGGCAAUGGUUGUGUGAAAAAUAAUACUAUUGAAGAUAUAAAUGAGAAACAUGAUAAGAAUAUAGAACAAAGCAAUAUAAUUACUUCAAAAGAAAUUGAAGAAAUUCCAGCAAGAAUUAAUAGUCAUGAUUUAACGAGCAACAAUCAUGAACAAAAAAUAAAUGUGCCACCUAGACGUAAAAAAAUUAGUAAUGAACAAAAAAGUAAAAUUGUGCUGGAAGAAAAUAUGUCUGCUGAAAAAGCCAAUGACUACCCAGUUCACUUAAAUCCUUUUUCUGAUGAUGAGGAAGAGGAGGAGAUAACUAAUAAUGGUACACCAAAGAAGACUAUUAGCACUAAUCCAUUUGGAAGUAGUGAUGAUGAGGAGAUAGAUGAGGUUCCACCAAUACCACCUCCACCAGUAAAUUACAGCAACAAUAUACCAACAGCUACACCAGUGAAGCGACACAUUACCGCCUAUAAUCCAUUCUGGUCUGAUGGCGAAGAAGAAUCCACAGAUGAUGAAAGUGACAGGAGAUCGUCACUAACCACAAGUACUCCGAAUCUGCCGGCGAGCACUCCUCGUCGAUGGAAACCGAAAGCACCCCCGCCACCCAUCAUAGUAGUGGAUGAAGCUGUCCUGCCGGCUAACUCUAUGGACGACGUCGCCAGCAUUUCUUCCUUCAGUUCUCAUGCAUCUACUAUUCAUUCAGAUCAGAAAUCGUAUGGGAAAUGUACACCGACAUUCAAGAAGAAGCGCCCAGCGCCCACUCCGCCGGACAGUUUGUCGGCGUCCGGUCACGGAGACUUAAUGGAGAAGGGAGUUGAUACAUCCGGUGCUAGAAGCAACACAUCAGAUGGAAGCCGUAAGGCUAAAGGCCCAGCGCCGGGCUUACCAUUACCAGAGCGACGCGAGGUGAAGCUUCAGAUGUCACCUGAACAACUACAGGUGCAACUGGAUCUGUUGGAGACGCAGCAGUUGGGGCUGGAGAGACAAGGCGUGCUCAUCGAACAGAUGAUACGGGACAAGUGUGAGGGUGACGAAGCGACGGUCGCGCCUCAAGAGGAGAUUGAAGACCUCGUGAUACAGUUAUGUGAACUGGUCAACGAAAAGAACGACCUGUUCAGAAAACAGACAGAGCUUAUGUUUAUACGCAGACAACAAAGGCUUGAACAAGAGCAGGCUGAUAUCGAACAUGAAAUUAGGGUUCUGCAGUCGCGGCCCUCUAUUAACCGCACAGAUGCUGACAAAAGUCGCGAGGAACACUUGGUGUGCCGCCUGGUUGAGAUAGUGCGGCUCAGGGACGAGUUGGUGCAGCAGAUUGACGCGGAGCGACGGCGGGAGAGACAGGAAGACCUCGCAAUAGCGGCGUCCAUCGCUAGUAAGAGAGCGCAAAGAAACAGUGACUCCAACAGUUCCUCAAUAAAAUCAUCUGAUGUGGUUGCACCGGUCAAGAAGAACAAAGUCAAAGACAAAGUGAAAAAGCAGCUGAAAAAGGCUAAGCAUUCUCUUAUCUCUAAGAAAAAGGACGAAGAUAAAAAACAAAACAAGUGAUUACAGAGAUACAGAAGAAACUACAUGUAAGAAGAUACGGUAAAGACAUAUUGUACAUAAUGUAUCGAUUGUACUAAAAGUACUUAAUAGCAAAGACUGAGACAUUCCACUAGAGCUUUUUGUAAAAUUAUGUUAUUGUUAUUGAAAGUGCACAAAGCAUACUACAACUACAACUUGCACAAAUCAACUUGGCACUUGAGAGGAAUGUCCUUUCUCUCGGCCCCAUCUGUGUCCCCCUAUCUAAAAAAAAUGUCUGUCAAAUGCAAUCAUUGAGCAGAUAGCCUUAAACUACUCAUUUCUGAGCAACUUAAAACAAAACGAAGCUAUAUAGUCAUAUGUCCGAUAUCCAAUAACAAUGGUAUUGUAGUGAGGCAUAUAAAUACUAUUAAUGAUGGUUUGACAUUUCUUAUUCAUUAACUAUUAUUUUAAUUUUUUCUUGUAUCUUAUUACUGAUUUUUAACAAUAAUUAAAACAAAAAAGUUUAUCUCAACAUUUGGGCACCCCAAAUUUUCUGUCGGGGUGUAUAGUCGCGGGUAUACAUAAUAAAAUUAAAUUUUUAUCAUAAGUAAUGUGGUCUUAUACCAUUUUUCAAAUGUCAUGUCCAAAAAUUGUGGCCUGGUUUCGGGCUGUCAAUGAAAUUUGAGACAUGUAUUGUAUUGUACAAGACAUUGACAAAAUUGAAAUAUACAUCACGUAAAUACUGUGUAGAGAAAAUUAGAGAUUCUCGAGAAAAAGUCCGGAUAGAUAUUUUUAGUAUACAAUUUCAUUAAACUUACGAUAUUAAUGUCUAAUCUAUUGUCGUGAAUAGGUGCCAAGUUCAUUUGGGCGGGUUGUAUUAACAUAUUUUUUUUAUAUUUUGCGUAUUUAUAGUAUUAAUCUUUUGUUAAAAAUCUAAUUAUUUUAUAUAGAUUUAUCGAUUAUAUUAUUAUAGUUAUGUAUUCAGAGAUUUAGAUUUAAAUUGCAUAAAGAUCAAAUCGCUACUUAUAUUAGGAUUAAAAUAGAUGAUUCGUAAUAGAUUUACCUACAGAUUAGAAUUUAACAGUAUCUUAAAAAUUUAUAAGCUUUGCAGUAUUUCUCAUGAAUCUCAGCAUGCAUGAUAAAAUUCAAUGUAUCAUUAGAGAUUAUUAUGUUGCAACUGACACAUUUUCUUGACCCAACAACAAUUUGCUAGCUAUUGCUAUAGCUUAUUUUUUUUUCACCAUAGCUUAUAAGUUAACUACUAACUACUUUUAUAAUAAUUUCGCACUGACUAGUAAUAUUGACAUUACUGUAAUCUGUAGAUUGAAUGAGAAAUCUGGUAACAAGCGUCUGAGAUUGAGAAUGUGUUUUCUGGAUAGUACGAGUAAAUAAAUCUCGAGACUUUUUUGCAUUUGUGUGUGUAUGUGUGUACGGUCAGCACAUAAAUAAUUAAUCCCAUACUUUUACAUUUUUUUAUGAAUUAUAAUUUUUAUAAGAGUUAUAACGAUAUGUCAGUAGUGAAUAAUAAAUAAUAUUAAACGAAAUUUAUUCAACGCCAAACAUUUCACUCUCAUCCUCAUCUUCACUUUCAUCAGAAUCACUUUUGUGUUAACUGCAAUUUGAUCUGAUAUUAUAUCUAAUGUCUAAUCCGUGCCAUGAAAUUUCUAAUAACUUUAGAGUAAUAACACUGAAAAAUAAAUAUUAUAAACCAUAAGACUAAACCACAAAUAAAUCAAUUCAUUCAUUUAUUAACUAAAAGCAAAUAGUCAGACCUCACAACAAUUAGCAAUGCUUAUAAAUAUAAUUAUUAUUUCGCAUUCACCAUUGAUUUAGAUUUUUAAUAUAUUUUCUUCUUCAAAAUGUAGCGAACCUCUUUUUUCUGACUGUACAAGGAUAUUCAAAUUCCAGGUUUAGAAUUCCUGUAAAUAUACAAAUGCAAAAACGUCUCCAAAGUAAUUUACCUAUAUUUAAAAAGGGUUUUUUUUACAAUAAUAUACAAUGACGUAUUAUGCACAUACUCUCUGUUACAUAAUCUCUGGAUCUGACGUCAAUGACGUCACAUCGUUGCUUUGUUACGGUGCACAAUACAAGCAUCACUGGGAUAUUUUAAUUAAUAAAUAAACAGUGACUUAAUUUAUCAGUUGUAACAGAUUGAUGAAAAAGUUUUGUGUUGUGAUACUGUUUAUUAUUAUUAUUAUAAUGAUGAAAAAUCAAUGAAAGAGUCUGGAUUAUUUAAAAAAAAGUAUUCAUUUUUCUGACAGUACUAAUGUAGCCACAUUGAACAAAAGAACUACAGAACUAUUAACAACAAUAGUCAAAACGUAACAAAGAAAACAGUGAUAGCACGAAAGUAUCACGACAUGUACGUAACGGUAAUGAUACUGCAAACCGUACUGAUACAACAGGACGAUCGCUACGGGGUGAAAGGGGAACGGGAGGGGGAUUCACGUUCCAGCGAGAUCCAGAGAUAAUGUGGCCGUGUAGUAUAAGGACAUAUAAUACUUCGCUGUCUUUUGUCCUUAGUCUUGUGUCAAAUGUCACUGUCCGAAACGGAUUCUAAAUUCAACAUAAUAUUAUGUAACCCAAGCUGAAUAAAUGUUUUAAAUGGCUCAUUAUUGACCAAGAGUAGUUUAAACAACUGGAGUAAAUGCAGCAAUGUAUAGAUAUAGCAGUCGAAGCUUAAUAUGGUGUAAUUUUUGGCGUGUUCCAUAUUUCGGCUUUGUUUUGUACGACGUGAUUUGUCUAUAUUUAUAGAAUGUCAUUGAUUAUGCACUACUUAUGAAGUUUGAAGUGCCAUGGAGUAUUUGAGAAUGUUCACAAAAUAAUAUCAUGCCCAUCAAACAUUGAAGCUGACAAAAUAAGCACAAUAAACAGUAUAUAACAAAAAAAUAUAUUUAACUACAUAUAUUUGUACUAACACAGUAACAUAAUACUUAAGUUACAUUAUAUACUUGAUGCAGCUAAACUCAAUAACACUUUCCCAAUUUGGCAUAUAAAGUCUUCUUAUGGCAUAUAAACACUGACCUCUACUAUUUACCACUGGACUGGCGGCUGUCAAAGUUUAUGCCUGUUUGAUAUUCGCCAUUUUGGCGCUGUUGGCCAUGUAGCGAGAGUCUGCAGUACUAAAACUAGUGAUGACAACCUCAGCAAACAUCGAUAGAUGGUGGGAAACUGUUCAAAAAAAAUAUUGUGUUCUUUAUUACGUUGACUCUUGAAGUAUGAAUAACACGGAAAACAUACGAAAUUAAUUCAAAAUGCAAAUUACUUCAGAGUAUUGUACGUUCCUUUGCAGCCGUUUGUAUUAUACGUCAAAAUUAGUUCUCCGGACGCUCGCUAGUGACGCUUCAAAUAGGUACAAAAAAAUUGCUGUCAAACAUAUGGAACAACAUAUGGCCUGUCCAGUGGUAUUUGUACAGGCAUAUAAUAUAUAUAAUAAUAUAGUGGUUUUAUGACUUUGUAUUUGUUUCAGAGAUUUUAACUGGCAUUAGAAGAUACUUAAAGUACCUAUUGAAAUUUUUCUUAGAAUUUUUUGUACAAUUUACAUAUUUUUUCAUUUAGAGUUUUUAUAUCGAUGGGUAGACAGAAAAAAAAAUGCUGAAAUACAUUCAGUACAAAUUUGUUACUACUUAUAUUAAGAUCCUUUAAUGGUCCUUGCGCAUUUUAUUUAUAUCAAUUAAGUAUUUGUUUUGUAAUAUGUCCUCGAUUUAAAUUUUGAUUCAUAGAAGUUUGAAAUAUUAUAUAACCUACAAUGGAUAUUAUAAUAACAGGGUUGCUUUUUUAAAUACUCAAUAAUUAUAUAGUUUGUUUUCGACAGGGUGUAACACAAUAGUAACUUAGAAUAUUAUAUUAAAGGAUAACAGUUUAAAAUCAUGUAAUAUAACAUAUUUUCUAUUAUUUGAUAUGAAACUAAAACGGCACAAAUGCACAAAUAUAUAUAUUGUUAUCACUG